GUGGAGCGCCAUGUAUUAUCUGCUGUGAUAUCUCUGUGUUAUCGUGGAGUGUCGUGUGUUAUAUUUUUAUACAGUGGAGUGCCAUGUGUUAGCUGUUGUGAUAUCUGUCUGUGUUACUGAUGUUUUACCUUUGUGAUCAUUUGCGUAAUGAUCCGAACACUGGUCUCUCGUGCAUUUUUUUUACGGAUUAUCCAGAGCUGAAGACCGAGAGUGGCGUAGGCAUUUCAAUUGCCUUCCUCUGCAAUGAGGAUACGAGAGACAGAGGCAUAGUUUAUGGCUUUCUUGCUGUGUUGGUUACUUCAAUCAUCCUUAUCUCCUUGAUGUCAUACGGUGCCAUGAAGCGCCGUCCCGCGUUCCUGAGUUCUUGGGUGGUGUGGGAAAGCCUCUUUAUUGUGUCUUUGGGUGCUCUCCCGUCACUGGCAUCUCUACAGUCGGAUUUCUGGUUGGGUUUGCGUUCCGACUCUGCUGUUUCUGUGUCGUCAACGAAGACCGUCGCCUGGUAAGUUGUCUGUUUUCCCCCUGAUUACUGGUCUUCUUCUUUUUUUCCUUCUCUUUCUCCUCUUUCUUCUUUUUUUCCUUCUCCUUAUCCGCCUCCUUCUUAUCCUCCUCCUCCUCCUCCUCAUCAUCAUCAUCAU